AUGCAGUGCCAAAACGAUUGCCAGCUGAGACAGGUCUGCCUUCCACCUCCCACCAUCCUGGUGAAGAGCUUUCCUGUGAAACAAUGCAUGGAUCCCUGUGGCGCUGGAUGUAAUGUCCAGUGCUUGCCUCCAUGCCUGGAUCCCUGCUGCUACGCCGGGGUUCCUCAGGGCACCACCACGUUCGUGAACCUGAGUAAUCUCGGUGUGACACAGGCUGCCAGGUGCGUGGAUCCCUGCUGCCUUGGAGUCACCAGGUGUGCACCUCCGUGCUGUGAGGAGGUGACCAAGUGCAUCGCCACACGUCUGGACCCAUGUUGCUCCAAAGUGACUGAGUGCAGCAGCAGGUGUGAAGAUACUUGCUGCCAGGAGGUGACCAAGUGCACCACCAGGUGUGUGGACCCCUGUUGCCAGGAGGUGACCAGAUGUACCACCAGGUGUGUGGAUCCCUGCUGUCAGGAGGUCACCAAGUGCACCACCAGAUGUGUGGACCCCUGUUGCCAGAAGGUGACCAGAUGUACCACCAGGUGUGUGGAUCCCUGCUGUCAGGAGGUCACCAAGUGCACCACCAGAUGUGUGGACCCCUGUUGCCAGAAGGUGACCAGAUGUACCACCAGGUGUGUGGAUCCCUGCUGUCAGGGGGUCUCCAAGUGCACCACUACCUGCGUGGACCCCUGCUGCCAGGAGGUCACCAAGUGCACGACCAGAUGUGUGGACCCCUGCUGCCAAGAAGUGAGCAAGUGCAUCACCACAUGCGUGGACCCCUGCUGCCAAGAUGUCACCAAGUGUACCACCACUUGUGUGGACCCCUGUUGCCAGGAGGUCACCAAGUGCACAACCACAUGUGUGGACCCCUGUUGCCAAGAAGUAACCAAGUGUACCACCACUUGUGUGGACCCCUGCUGCCAGGAGGUCACCAAGUGCACAACCAGAUGUGUGGACCCCUGUUGCCAAGAAGUGAGCAAGUGCAUCACCACAUGUGUGGACCCCUGCUGCCAAGAGGUCACCAAGUGUACCACCACGUGUGUAGAUCCGUGCUGUAGACCUGUGACCAGAUGUGCCACGAGGUGUGUGGAUCCCUGCUGUGGAGCUGUCACCAGAUACACCACUAAGUGUGUGGAUCCGUGUUGCAAUAGAGUGACCAAGUGCACCACCAGGUGUGUAGACCCAUGCUGUAGUGAAGUGAUUAAGUGCACUACCAGGUGUGUGGAUCCCUGCUGUAGAGAGGUGACCAAGUGCACCACGAAGUGCGUAGAUCCAUGCUGCAAUCGAGUAGCCAAGUGCACCACCAGAUACACCACUAAGUGUGUGGAUCCAUGCUGUGGCAGAGUGAGCAAGUGCACCACCAGGUGUGUAGAUCCAUGCUGUGGAGAAGUGGCGAAGUGUGUGGAUCCCUGCUGUAGAGAGGUGACCAAGUGCACCACGAAGUGCGUAGAUCCAUGCUGCAAUCGAGUAGCCAAGUGCACCACCAGGUGUGUAGAUCCAUGCUGUGGAGAAGUGGCGAAGUGCACCACCAGGUGUGUGGAUCCCUGCUGUAGACCUGUGACCAGAUGCACUACUAAGUGUGUGGAGCCAUGCUGUGGGCAAGUGACCAAGUGCACCACCAGGUGCGUGGAUCCCUGCUGCAAGGAAGUCAUCAAGUGCACCACCAGAUGUGUGGACCCCUGCUGUAGUGAGGUGACCAGGUGCACCACCACCUGUGUGGAGCCCUGCUGUGGAGGUGUGAGUGAAUGCACCACCACCUGCGUGGAUCCCUGCUGCCAGGAGGUCUCCAAGUGCACCACCACCUGCGUGGAUCCCUGCUGCCAGGAGGUCUCCAAGUGCACCACCACCUGCGUGGAUCCCUGCUGCCAGGAGGUCACCAAGUGCACCACCACGUGCGUGGAACCCUGCUGUGGGGGCGUUCAGGCUGUGACGAAGUGUGUGGAUUCCUGUCCCACCACCUGCAUUACACAAGCCACCCCCCCGUGCAAGGGUGUGUGCACCCCUGUCUGCGGCCGACACUACUCCAUCACCUGCUCAGAAGUUUGCCCUCGUAAAUGCAUGGCUCCUUGAGGGGUUGCGUGUGGGGGCUCCUGUGGUGGGAGUCUCCAAAGGCUAAGGAACGAAAACGGUUUACAGAUCCCCGAACUUGUCAAUGUCUUCCUCACCUCUUUCCCUUCCUACUGCCCUUCCUGUCCUAGGAAGAGUAAAUCUUCAAACGGGUUUCCUUACGUUCUGCAUCAUUUCUACUAUUUUUACCUCACGCACAACGCGUUUCCUUGUAACUAACGUGUAACUGAUUGAUUUUGUGCCCCCGGGGAUAUUGCCUGGGAGAGAGAUUCUGUGAUUUUUCUUUGCACUGUGGUGUGGAUGGAGGGAUUUCCACAUUUGUUAUUUCUUGGCAUCUUCUUCUUUUUCUUGCAUGAAGCAAUAAAAAAAAAUAUAUAUAU